AUGGCCACGUCUCGCGGUGGAAAGCCCAAAAAACAUGCUGUGGCAACCUCAUUCCCGCAAUUCAGAAAGCUCCCUGCCGAACUGCAGCUCAUGAUCUGGGAAGAAGCCUUCUAUGCCACUGCCCCGACCCAAAAAGUUAUCGAAGGCUUUGUCGAGGAAGAUGCUAUCGCUCAACACGCCCAUCGGAUAAUCGAGGCCGUCUCUCGGGUUGCCAGCAUGUAUGGAGGUGACGGCAUCGCCCCACCAGCUCCGGCCAGAAAGUAUAUGCCUAGCCUUAUGACGUUCCCGGCAGCACAAAUUCAAAGCCCUGCUCCAGCCAUGGCUUAUGUUUGCCGUGAUUCGCGUCGCGUGUUCUUAAAACUAGGCCAUGCAUUCACCUCUCUUCUCUUCGACGAUGACGAAGAAUCCACGAUGGACGUAUGGUUCGAUUUCUCUUCUGAUAUUGUCUAUUUCCCCUUAUUGGGCACAGAAAUCAGGGAUAGCUUCUGCUGGGCCUCUUCAGACAACUGGGAAUACCGCCGGCGCAUCCAGCACCUAGCAGUUGAAUGGUCAUUCUUCCACCAGAUAGAUGACGUUAUGUUUACCUACGAGCUGCACUGGCUAGAGACUUUCAUAGCCUUGUACAAUUCCUUCCCAGCGCUAACGGACCUGUAUAUCUUUGUACCAGCAGUCCGUCUUGCUGAAGCGCCAGCUAGUUCAUCUGGAAGCCCAUCGGAGAGGACCACACUAUGUAGACAUUUCGAAGAACCAGACGAAUGCGAGAGCCUGCCAAUUAUACUGAAGCCUAUUCCUAUAAGCCAAACGAUUCGGCUUGCCAAGUGCCAUUGCCCAGAAAGACCGCGGAAUUGGGAUGAGACAAUAGUUGAAAUUGAGGCUGCUUUCAGGUCCCCAUGGAUGAAAGAUGCCCUACACCGUGAGUUGAAGGAGAAAGCUGAUAACUUUCCACCACGACUUCAUGAGAGGAUAUUUUUGCGCAAGGGGCUGGAUGUGGAUGCCUUACGCGACGUGGAGCCUCCACCAGGUUUGAAAAUCCUGAUAGACAGGUCUAUACUUGGGAGGAAAAAGGACCGAAUGUGA